AUGCGCUGUGGCGGGAAGCAGUGUGGCCGACAGCGUGGUGUCUUCUCGGCUCAGCCCAGCCCUUUCCCCCGGGAACAGGCGGCUCGGGCCCACGGGAACAUCGGUGUGCGACGGUCCACGGUGGCCACAGGCAGAACCCAGAUGAGUGUGGUGCAGCCGUGGGAAGGAGUAGAUGCCGGCAGGUGCCACAGCGUGGACGGACCCGAGAGCAGCCUGCUGGGGGAGGGGCGGGAUGCAGACCUUGUCCCGGGCUCCGUGUGCGGAGCGUUCACAAUGGGCCGAGGCGUGACCUUCGGGGCCCAGGCCCCAGGUACCUACAGUGAGCCCCCCGUCCCCAGGGCUCCCCCUGCCCAGCACCCAGGCAGCUGCUCUGUGUCCCUCUCGGUCUCCAGACACUUGAGCAAAGUUUCUAAGAGGAGAGACACACCAGCUGCCUGUCGCCUCCCUGGCCCCACCUUGAGGAUGGACCUGCCAGACGCAGCUGGAGACCCCACCGGCGACCCUGUUGUGACCGAGGGCCGUUCUGCCGGCCCGGACCCACUUCUGUUCCUGCGGGCCCUGCAGACGCUGUGGUCCACGCGGGAGCUGCGGCAGCUCCGGGAGGAGGCCCGGCGGGGCUUCGCGGCCCUGGCCGACCCGCGGACGGUGCUCCUGGACGUGCUGGAGAGCGGCAGGGGCUGGCAGCAGAAGAGCCCCUCCCUGGAGGCCUGGCUUACCUGGGAGCUGGCGCACUGGCUGUCCGCACAGCUGCUCCCAGGGCUGGCCCAGGGCAGCUCGGGGCUGAAGCAGCUGCAGGCCCGUGCUGUCAGAGUCCUCACGGAGAGCCCCCCUGGCCUUGUGGAGCCGCUGGUCAGCAUCUUCCAGCUGCAGGACGCAGACCGGGGCCCCCUGCUAACUCACGUCCACAGGCUCCACCAGGAAGGCAAGUUCAAAGAACCUGCUCUGCUGGGCCUGGAGCUGAGGCCGCAGCCACGACUCGAUGUGGAGAAGAUGAGCUCCCCGCUGCUCCUGCAGGACAGGAGCCUCGCACAGCGCUACGUAGCCGGCUUUCCAGACCUCCAGAGGAGGCUGCUGGCCCUCCUGGACUCCUGGUGCCAGCCCGGCUUUGACAUCAGAGUCGUGGCCAGGCUGAGCCCCGGGGUGCUGAGUCGGCAGGUUCUGAGCCUGCUGGAGCGGCAGGGCCUGGACCCAGCUCUGUGUCCCCAUGCCGUCGCUCAGCAGCGCCUGGCGGCCCUGCGCCCCCUGUGCCGUGAGCAUUUCGUGGAGGGCAGCUGGUCUCGGGAGAACUGGACUGAGCACGUGCAGGUGGGUCUGGAGGGCGCUGGUGACCUGCGUGAGGACUGGCCCCCGAGAGCGUGCAUGCACACCUGCGGAGCCCUGGUGGGACAGGACGAGCGGCUGCAGGACGAGCAGCGGCAGUGGCUGGCGUCUCCCGACAACCAGGCCGUGGCCGCCCAGUGCGCCCUGGACCUCUCGCUGCCUGAGGCGCAGCUGCCAGCCUCGGUGGCCACUGAGCUCCGCCGGCUCGAACUCCAGGGGCGGUCUGCCCUGGGCCAGCUGGGCCGGAAGGGGCUGGGCUGGGGAGGGGGGCGGGUGCAGGGACCCACAGCCAUGCUUCUUGUAGGGCUGCUGAGGUGCAUUCCAAGAGCCGGAGGGAGGAUUACUAUCAUUGUCCCCAUCGCCAGCCAGCGGGGACAUCCAUUUCCUGGCCUCCUGGAGGACCUAGCCAGGCAUGAGGAGGAGCUCCUGCAGCGGGGCCGUACCCUCAGCCCCAGGCCUGUGGCCCCCGGGUGGGCCUCACCUGCUCAUCCCAGCUCUCUACAGCCCGGCCAGGUGCUUGCUGUGGACCUGGAGUGGCGACCCUCGUUUGGCAGGGGCCGGCCUCAGGCGUCCAUCCUGCAGCUGGCAGUGAAGGGCCGUGUGUUCCUGCUGGACCUGCCUGUGUUCUCACGGCCAGUGGGAGGGCAGGUGUCCCAGGCCUUCUGCAGGCUGGUCUCCCAGAUGCUCUCGGAUCCCUCCAUCACUAAGUUGGGUUACGGGAUGUCAGGGGACCUUCGGACUGGUGCUUCCUGCCCUGCCCUUGCUCACGUGGAGAAGCAGCUGCGGGGCAGUCUAGAUCUGCUGCAGGUGCACAGACAGAUGCGGGUGGCAGACAAGCCAGCUCUAGGCAGAGGUGAGGCCAGGGGGCCGCGGGGCCUCAGCCUCCUGGUGCAGCAGGUUCUGGGCAAGCCCCUGGACAAGGCGCAGCAACUCUCUAACUGGGACCGGCGGCCACUGAGCGAGGGGCAGCUGGUGUACGCAGCUGCUGAUGCCUACUGCCUGCUGGAGGUAUGCCAGGCUCUGUGCAGAGAACCUGCCCGGUUCUGCCUGUCUGAGGACCUGGCCAGGAGCCUGAGGCCAGCGAACAGCGAGAGGUCAGAGGCCUGGGAGCUGCCCGGCCUGCAGGAGGCCUCAGCCUCGCCUUGGCCGGUGAGUGUGGCCCCUCAGCCUGUGGCUGAGAAGCAGGAUGCCGCCCCCGAGGUCCCCAUCAGGGCCUUCCGUGCCGUGUGCGACAGCAUGCUCCAUGGGCUGGCCCGGAGCCUGCCCUGCCUGGGGGCCGACGUGCUGACGCUGGCCGCCGGUGAGGACCACCGCAGGGCUGCGGAGGUUGCCAGGCAGGAGGGAAGGAUCAUCUUGACCUCAGGGCUGCCAUCCCACAAGCUCCGGGCCCAGGUCGGGGCUGCGCGCUGCAUGUCCGUGGACUGCUCCCUCAAGGCCCGGCAGCAGGCAAAGGCCGUGCUCAAGCAUUUCAACGUGCGCGUCACCCCUGCCGACAUCUUCAGCCGCUGCCAGGCCUGUAACUGCGACCAGUACCUGAAGGUCUCCAAGGAGAUGAUGAAGCAGCUGGUGUGGCUUGGCAGCCAACGGGAAGUCCCUAGCAGCACAGGUGAUGAGGCCAGCCCCAGCGCAGACUUACAGGAGGCAGGCUCAGCCCCGGAGGAGGCCCCUGGGAGCUGCACCCAUGACCUGCCCUGCCGCCGGCUGGAGUCCCACGCGCCCGCCAUCCUGGGCAACGGCACCCGACUGCAGCUGGCGGGGGUCCCGGAGGGCGUGCUGCAGCGGCCCGGCCCCCGCGCCUUCUACUGCUGCACCGGCUGCGGCAAGGUCUUCUGGGAGGGCUCCCACCUGGGCCGCAUCACCACACAUUUCCGCGAAGUCCUGGAUGGGGCCUCCGGGCCCUGCCGCCCCCUGCCCUACCCUGUCAGCGGCACCCUCUGA